GCUCUUUUCUCUUUCUCACAGCCUUGUUUUCAAAGUAGCCUACAACCUAAACAUGUCUGAACAUCCGACCGCAAUGUGCAACAUUGUAGCCUACAUGUCUUACUAAUGGCUGCAAGUAGCCUAAGUUGGAUGCGAACGUAUUUUGACAAGCAAGGUUUAACUGUUGAUGGCAUUUGAAAUGAUAAACAGGAGGCUAUCCUACAAUUCCCAGUGUGCUGUGCAAUAGCCGGAAUUAAAAUAAAGACAGUCGGGAAGUCCCAUAAUCGUUUAGUUUACUUUCAUUUUCGCUUCUUUUGCUGAGUAACUGCAGCGUAUUUCGUAGCCUGUGCGAAUAACGUGGUGAUAUAACUUGCAAGAAAGGUCUGUUGUAUAUUGCAUGUCUAUUAAUGAUCAAAAGUUUACAUACUUUAUCUACAACAUAUUUCUUGUGUAACCAAAUUAGCCACACUUUCGCAUUGUUACAAUGACGUCCAUGGACAUGAGCCCCGCGUCGAAGAAACAGGUUGACAGCUUUUGCAAGAAGCUCACCUCAGAGGCAGAACAGCUGGUCACAACAUUCUUCCCUCAAAAAAUUGCAGAGAUGGAUGCCCUAUUGAAGUCUUCUCUCAGUCUGGAAGACAUGACGGCGCUGAAGGCUCCCCUUGACAUCCCAAUUCCAGACCCAGCCAAGGAGGAACUCAAGAGAAAGAAGAAAGAGGAGAAAGAGGCCAAGGAAGGCAAGAAAGACAAGGACAAGGACAGUGACAAAGAGGAUGAAGAUGCUGGUCCUACCUGUGGUCCCAUUGGCUGCAAUGAGAGGCUGGAGGCUCUGCUGAAGGAGAUUAAGCCUCACAUCCAGACCCUGAAGGAGAAACUGAACACGGUGUCAAUGUGGGUACAACUUCAGAUCCCCAGGAUUGAGGAUGGGAAUAACUUUGGCGUGGCAGUUCAGGAAAAAGUGUUUGAGCUGCUGACCAACACUCGGACCAAGAUUGAGGGAUUCCAGACACAGAUUUCAAAGUACUACAGUGAGAGGGGUGAUGCAGUGGCCAAAGCCUCCAAACAAGCACAUGUGGGAGACUACAGGCAGCUUGUUCAUGACCUGGACCAGUACCAGUACGGCGAGCUUCGCAUUGUUGUUCUGGAGAUCCGCAACACAUAUGCUGUGUUGUAUGACAUCAUCAACAAGAACUACGACAAAAUCAAGAAACCCAGGGGAGACUGCAAAGCUCUCAUCUACUGAGGGAAGGAGAACAAGCCACACACACACCUUUUUACACUGGCAGUGAAACAUACCUUCUUAUGUGUCGUUUUGUGAUGCCAUUUGAUCCUUUUAGCUGUGAGAAAGUGCUCAUAGUCAUUUUCAGUUUCAGAAACCACUGUGCUGUAUUCGAAUGCUUUAAUGCCAUUUACAAAAUAAAACAGUUAUUAUAUUA